AAUGGCGUCUGGUGGGUGUGAAGACACAUCAGAUGAGUUAUUCAGUUUCAAAUGUUCGCCUUGUCUGGCUAAUAAUCGGAAUAGAGAAGCUGUGAAAUAUUGCGUGGAAUGUCAGGGAUAUUAUUGUCAGUCUUGUGCUGAUGUAAUUCAUAUGAUUCCUGGUUUAAAAGGUCACACACUUUUGGAUAAUUCAAAUUAUAAGUCUUCAGGUCUCCCAGCAGGAUUACCAGCAGUACCGACGGAGAGAUGUAGCAUUCAUGAGACAAAGAUCGUGGAUAUGUACUGUGGUAAUCAUGAUGAGGUUGGCUGUACAACAUGCAUGGCUUUAAACCACAGGUCUUGUGCUGAUGUGCAAUCCAUUCCAGAUAUUAUCGAUAGUAAAUUUCAAACAACAGAUGUUGACAAACUACACCAAAAGUUGCAAGAUAUGAAAAUAAUGAUGGAAAAAAUUAUGAAAACUAGACAAAGACUAUUAGAAGACUUAAAGAAGUCUAAGACGGAAGCAGUAAUGGCGAUAAAGAAAUUUCGAAAAGACAUGGAAACAAUCCUUGAACAAGUAGAAAAGGAAUCGAUUAAAGAAUUGGAGAUGAAGUUCAUAGAAGAAGAGUCGAAACUACUGGAAGAGAAGAAGACAGCAGAAACUGAAUUAGAUGGUCUGAAAGAAGCUGUGAACGACUUGAAGAAAUCGGAAGGAAACAAAGCCCAACAAUUUGUCUCCAUGAAAAUGUCAUUGAAAAGUAUUGCAGAAACAGAAGACGUAUCUCGUUCAUUACAAACAAGUGUUGAUGCAGAUAUAUCCUUUAGCUUUGAUCCUGCUAUACUGGAGUUUCUACAGCAGUUGAAAACUUUUGGAUCGGUCCGACAUGUGUCUACCACUGAUUUAAGAUCGCCAAGGACAACCGUCUAUUCUGUUAAAAGAAUUGAGAAUUUAAACAUCAGAGCCCAGAAUGACAAAGACACAUGUCGUGUUUUUGGGUCCUGUCUAACAGAAGAUGGAUCGCUACUGUUAGCUGAUUAUAGCAAUAAUAAGAUUAAACGUGCAGAUAUUGUAAAACUGUCAGUGACAGAUUAUUGUUGGGUUCCUGCUGGACCUUUUGGCGUUUGUUGUACAAGUAAAAGUGAAGCUGCAGUCUGCCUGGACAAUAACACAAUUCAGUUUGUCUCCCUUGGCAAGCAGAUGACACCCACUCGUCAGAUGAAACUGAACCAUUAUUGUUUUGGCAUCGGCUAUAAGGAUGCUAAACUAUACAUAACUGACAACGGACAAUCGUUAGACAUCCACGAUAUUGCAGGUAACAUACUACAGCCGGUAACACGAGGCAACGCCGGGAAAAAUCUGUUCUCAAACAGUCGAACUGUUGCUUUCAGUGAUGUUGAUGAUAAAUUGUUUGUUGCCAGCUGGCGUAAAGGUCUAGUUAUUAUGGAUGGACAGGGAAAGCACUGUCAGACCUUCACUGAUUCAGAAUUAAACACAGUGUCAAGUGUUUGUACAGAUCGUAGAGGAAAUCUGUUUGUGUCCGGGUGUGAUUCAAAUAAUGUGAUACAGCUAGGGAGAGAUGGGAAGAAAAUGGGAGUAAUCGUGAAAUCAUCAGAUGGACUGAAGUGUCCGUUAUCACUUUGUUUUGACACACGACAGUGCAAACUAGCUAUUACCCAAGAAAGCAGUGACGUGGUAAAAAUAAUUCUACUACAAUGAAAAAGUAUGUUAAUCAACUUUGUGACAGUUAGAUAUAUUGGAUGUUUUUCAUGCUAUUCCUUUCUGUGUUUUUGAUGGAUUAAUCCCUCAAAUUUAUUUAAUGUUGAAACUACUACCGGUUGUAAUUAAACGACACAAGGGUGCUCUUACUUCAAGAUUUAUUCAUCAAGUACUGUCCGAUGUUUGAGGAUGAUAAAUCAAUACGAAUUAUGUAUAGAAAACUUACUGACAUUUAUUUAGUUUACAUUUGUCGUAACUCGAUAUCAGACUCAAUUUUUCAAUAAUUUUAGAAUGUGUCAUAUUUGUACCACCGACAAUAGCUGUUUUUGGGAGAUUUCGGUUUUAUUUGUGAUGAUCAUAUUAAAAGAACUAGACCAAAGUUUCAA